AAAAUAUUAAAGGGACUUUCUCAGAUAGUAAUUCUCUGCCUUUAUCGCUGAUUAAACCCCACAAGAAAUGGCGCUCAAGCUCAAUGCUUCGGCUGUGUACUCACUGCAGAACCUUCAAUUACGUCAUACACAUCAGAACUGCUUAUGGAGUUUAAAGCCAAACCGAUUGUAUCAGAAUACUGCAAGAACUUCGUGCAGUAUGAAUAUGGCUGCCAAUCAGCCAGGUGAUCCUAAGAAAAUGGGCAUCGCUCAUAUUGUGGACAAAGCAAGAAGUUUGUGGGAUACUUCUCCUCAGCCGGUCAAGACCUUUCCUUGGAACAGAACAUUUAAUCAUUUCAUUCAACUUGUUCUCGACCUUGUCUUGGCAGUUAUCAGAAUCCUUGCCCUACCUGUAUUUUCCAUUACAUCAAUCAGCGAAAUAUCUUAUUGUGCGCAUGAAAGGAAGCUAUACCUUGUCCCACUUCCGUUUCUAGUUGGUGUCGCUGCAGCUGGGGUGUUACAAAAUGCUGCUUUGGAAUCGUCUUCAUAUCUCAAGUAUGCAGAAGUACCGUGGCAUCUUAUUGCUCUUCUGAUAUUCUUUGCACUGCUCAAGUUUCCUGGCCCUUAUUACCCUUAUUGGGGCCGUAUAUUCAUUCCUCACAUGGCAAACGGAGCAAUUUUGAGGACAUUGUGGUUCUUGUUUCUGUGGUUCCGAAAGCCCCAAAAGACAGCAGAAAAUAACCACGCCAACUCUGUAGUCGACAAUCCUGAAGCAGACAAGGUCUUGUAGCAUCGUAAAAUAGGUGUAGAAGCAGUUUAGCCCUUCGGCCAUCAGCUCAACUAUUUGGAAGAGGCUUAGGUUUUACCCAUGUUUGAUAUUAUUUCAAGACUCUUUUACCUUUUCUCUCUGUAUUCUCGAGUGGCUGCAACAGAAUACCAUUUAGUAUUACAAUUUUCAUGCCAUUUACUAGCC